GAAAUGGCAGGAAAAUGAGUCGAGAGACACUUAGCGCCAUAUGUUGUUGAGGUUGAGAACUUAAAAGCAAGUGACCACACCAGCACCUGUUACUUUGUGAUUGCUGCCCCACCCACUCUUUGACUGGAAAGAGAGCAAGUGUGUGAAUUUGUUUGUGCCGUUUCUUAGGUUCUCUUCUCCCAAAUCCUGGGGGACGAUCAUCGUUGCAACAUGGUUUGGCUUUUGAUUUUCUGGGUUGUCCAAGGUUCUACUGCCUCGAUGGGGCCACGUCGCAGACAAAAUGAUUGGUAUAAAACACCUGAAACCAGAGAAGAGGACUUACAGUUCGACCUUGCUAUCAUGGAGGGAGACAUUCUGGUUUCGGAAGACCGAUUAGCUGUGAAGUCACUUUGGCCGGAGAAUGAAGGCGUCACUUCUAUCCCCUACAAGAUCAACGGUGAUCUGGUGGACAGAAAGGAGACUAUGCUAGCAGCGUUCAAGAUGAUUUCAGACCAGACGUGUAUCCUCUUCCACGAAUACACCAAUGAGAUUAACUACAUAGAGUUAAUCUCUGGGACAGGCUGUGCGUCGUAUGUAGGUUUUCAGGGCGGGGCCCAGCCUCUGUACUUCGGUAGUGCCUGUAAUGUGGGGAACCUGUGUCAUGAGCUGAUGCAUGCCCUGGGCCUGCACCACGAGCACACACGGCCAGACCGUGACCAAUACAUCACCAUACAGUGGGACAACGUGGUCUCGGGAAAAGAAGAUAACUUUAAGGUGAAGGAAGGAGACACUCAGGAUCUGCCCUAUGACUACGACUCCAUAAUGCACUACGGAACUUAUUACUUCUCAUCAAACCGGAACCCCACUAUUGACUCCAAGAAGAGUGGAGUCCAGAUUGGACAGAGAAAUCACCUGAGCCCCCUGGACAUAGCACGCCUUAACAAACUCUAUCAAUGUGAAUAACAAUGCACAGUUUAGCAUUUAUUACACCAUCGAAGAAGAUUCCAACACCAUCGAAGAAGAUUCCAACACCACUGCUGCCGACUGAUUCCAACACACAUGGCACUGACAUCCUAACUUCUCUUCACAACAAUGAAUAAGUUGGACAAGUCCCUUAAAGCUUUCUGAUGUAUUAUACGUGUGGCUGGCUGCAGGCAGUGGUUUUAUUUCUCCUGUGUACUCUUGCUGCCUUGAAUUAGGCCUAUACCACUGCACUUGUCUUGGAAA